CGACGGAGUGAGUAAUACAGUGAUCUCUUCACAAACGACACACACACAAAUGCUGCGACAUUUCUGCAAAAGGGAUAAGUUAUGAGUCCAAUUAACAAAUGAGACUCAAAAAAGAAAAUGGACAGUACUUCAGAUUCUUCUUCUUCUAGUAGUAGUAGAGUUGUGUGGUUAAUUGCAGUUCCCUUGAUUUUAGUGUCUCUGUAUUUUGGUCUACAAAGUUCAACAAGCUCUACUUUGGUCCUUUCUUUUGGAAAAUUUUCUUCGGCAACAAAUUAUGAUUCUUCCAAGAAUAUUAAUCCACCAAUUGGGGAAUUAGAAAAGAUGUUGAUGAGCAGUUUAGAGAGAGUUGAAGCUGGUCUUGUAAGAGUGAGAGCUGAUAUAAAAGAAGCACAGAGUAAAAAUCAAACAUUUGAUGAUCCUGAGUAUGUCCCUACUGGUCAAAUUUACGGGAACCCCACUGCCUUUCACAGGAGCUACUUGGAAAUGGAAAAACAUUUUAAGAUAUACGUAUACGAGGAAGGUGAUCCCCCUGUAUUUCACUAUAGUGCUAGUCAAGGAAUCCUGGGAAUUGAAGGAAUUCUGAUUCAUCAGAUUGAGAUUAGCAAGUUCCGUACUAAUGAUCCUGAAAUAGCCCAUGUUUACUUUCUCCCGUUCAGUGUCUUAUCAAUAGUGAGCUAUGUUUAUGUUGUCGAUUCUCGGGAAUGGGGUCCUAUGCGGAAUACGACAGAUUACAUUGAUGGUAUCUCAAGAAAAUAUCCUUAUUGGAAUAGAAGCCUUGGAUCUGAUCACUUCAUGUUUGCUUGCCAUGAUUGGGCUCCUAAAAUUUCCUUUGUUGUUCCUUACUUAUAUAAAAACUCGAUACGAGUUCUAUGCAAUGCAAAUACCUCUGAAAGAUUCGACCCUAUCAAGGAUGUAUCCUUGCCAGAAAUCUAUCUCCCUCAUGUUACAAUGAAUGGCUUAAUUGGAGGGCCGUCUCCAUCCCAUCGCUCUGUUUUAGUUUUCUACGCGGGAGGAAUCCAUGGCUACAUAAGGCAAGUGCUAAUGGAGCAGUGGGGAAAGAACGACGAUCCGGACGUGCAAAUCCACGAGUACCUUCGUCCAAAGAACGUGUCGUACUAUGGCAUGAUUAGAAAGAGCAAGUACUGUAUUUGCCUGAGUGGUUAUGAAGUGGCUAGCCCGAGAAUGGUUGAGGCACUCUACAUGGGUUGUGUUCCGGUACUCUUGAAGGAUCAUUAUGUGGCUCCGUUUAGCGAUGUUUUGAAUUGGAAAAGUUUUGCCGUCGAAAUGAAUUCAAGUGAUAUAUCUAAUCUGAAGAAAAUCUUGAUGUCAAUACCUCAGAAAGAGUACAUCAGAAUGCAGAAGAGAGGCCUUCAAGUUAGGAGGCAUUUUGAGGUAAAUUUUCCUCCUAGGAGAUAUGAUGUUUUUCAUAUGAUUCUUCACUCCAUUUGACUUAGAAGGCUCAACAUUCAUAUCCAUGACAUCAACGACGGAUGACUGCUUCACGGGAAGUAUACGGUAUUAUUGGCUAUGAUGCUCGGAUCCUAAAAAAAUGCUGGCACACUCAGUGUCAGAUCCUCCAAAUGAGAAGGCAUAUUUUUGAAGUAUUCAAGCAACAUAACUGUUUGGUUAACGAAAAUCUUUGCAUAACUCCGCAGUUAUGAGUUCUAGGAUUUCUGUGAAGUAGGAAAAGUUAAGCUACACAUAUAUAGUUCAUUAUUUGCAGCUACCUUAAUUCAGGUGCAAAUAAUUUUCUGCUUCUGUAUGCAACUUCAUCCAUUUGAUGUACUAACACUCCUUUUUAUUACACUUACAAUAUAUGA